CUCUAAAACACAUUCCAGAUGAUGCAUAAAGUUCCCCAUGUGCGUCCCCCUUGGAAGAAAUAUUUUGAGAAAAAAAAAAAAAUGACAUGUACUUUAAAAGCUGGACAAAGCCCCCCCACUCCCUCUUCCUGGUGACCGAAUCAGAGACAAAGAGCCUUUGAUCGAGAGGUGCAAAACACUUCACAGCCUAAGGGCUGGCAUCCCUUGAACCGAGCAAGUGUUAACUUCGCGUCUUGUGCCCCCUGAACCGCCCACGCAGCCCGCUCUCCAAGUUCCAGACGCCUGUUCGCACGCCUGUCUGCAACGGUCUGAUUGCUCCAUCACGCUAGCUGUUGGGACCUGGUCAGUCGACAAUGACACUGCUCCUGAUUGCUGUUUCAGUACUUCACCUUCUGGUCCUCAUCCUGCUGUUCAUUGCCACUUUGGACAAGAAGUGGUUUGUUUCCACCAGUGACGAGGUGAUAGACAUAUGGCUGAACUGCUACAACACAAACAACACGGACACCUGGAUAUGCAAGAACACUUCUGAAAAUGAGUGGCUCCACGCUGUCCAGGCCCUCAUGAUGCUGUCCGUCUUCUUUGCCAGUGCAGCCUUCCUUGUUUUCCUCUGUCAGCUCUACGCAAUGCAGCGGGGAGGCCUCUUCUACACCACAGGGAUCUUCCAGAUCUUCUCAGGUCUGACAGUCUUCUCAGCAGCUCUCAUCUACUCCAUUCAUUCACCGGAGAUUGUGAAUUCCACUAGGGGGCGCUAUGGCUACUGCUUUUACAUUGCCUGGAUGUGCUGCCCACUCCUGCUGGUCAGUGGCUCUAUGUACAUCCACCUGAGGAAGAAGAAGUGAGUUGUUGUGUGUGUUUGGUGGCAUGGGUGACCCGGUUCUUGAUCGAGGAGGACAUCCCCCUGUCAGUUCUGAACAAUAGGAAUCAACAGAAACAAAACUGGCACCACCAGGAGGGUCCAAUGCCACUAAGCACAAGUGGGUCAGCUCUGUGAAUGAACAAGAGCUGAAAAAGGUUGUACCAUGGAUAUCCUGUCGAUGGCACCACCCCACCUUAUCAUCAGGGCAUUGUACACAACUGAGUCAUCAGCUUUGCCAUCUCAUUUAAACUAUUUUCUGGUACUUUCUCUGCCACUUAUGCUGACUUGUUACUUUAUAUGUCUCUUGUGAGGUACUGCAUGAUUCAAAAUGUCCUUUGCUAGCAGUUAAAUAAUAAAAAUGAUUAAAGUAAA